AGAGAAAGCGGUCUACUUUUUAGAUCUGCUCUGCUCUACCUGCUUGUGAGCUCUUUCAAUGUUAAUUCACAAGUUCCUCAAGUAGAGAUACGUAUCUGACCAAACACCCCCAAAAAUUCACCGACUUAGAAUCACAUUUUGUCAAUUAGCUCAAUGCCCGUGUGUCUGUGUUGGUCUGAUACGUGAUCUUUGAGCUUAAAAUUCAGGAAUUGAUCUGUUAUUUUGGAACAAGUGACGUGGGUAAGUUGUUAGAUCUUUGACUGAUUUCAUUUGCACUUUUUGAAGUUCAGUCUCUGUCUUUGAGCUUUGUAUUUCCAAAAUUGUUCUGGCUUUGUGUUUGUGGAAAUGGCGAAAUGGGUGUUCGGUAAUAAUAUAAGAUGAUUUUCCUGCUGCUUUGCCGGAGCUCCGAUGAGGUUGCCGAAUUUCUUUCAUUGGCUCCUGAAUUUUGAGUUUGACGAUGUGGAAUUGAGCAUUUGAUACAGAAGCACAUAUAUAUGUAUUUAUAGUCUAUAGAGAGAGAGGGUGAGGGGGAGAAAUCAUGUUCAAGUCAGCGAGAUGGAGGAGCGAGAAGAACAAGAUCGAAUCGAUAUUCAAAUUGCAAUUUCAUGCAACUCAGCUAAAACAGUUAACAGGAGAUACUUUGAUCAUAUCUAUCAUUCCAGCCGAUACUGGAAAGCCGACAACCAGAUUAGAGAAAGCUAAAGUUAAAGAUGGAAGCUGUUAUUGGGAAAAACCACACUAUCAAACUCUGAAGUUCGUUCGUGAUCCCAAAAAUGGAAAGUUUAAUGAGAAAGUCUAUCACUUUGUUAUGGCAACGGGCUCUUCAAAAUCUAGUUGUGUUGGUGAAGUUUCCAUUGAUUUUGCAAGUUUCGCUGAAGCUACAAAGACGACUUCUUUAUCUCUGCCUCUAAGAAACGGAAAUUGUGCUGCUUUUUUGCAUGUAUUGAUUCAAAGGGUGCAGGAGUCAUUAGAUCAAAGGGAGGUUGAUGGAACUGAAAAUGCAAAACGCCAAGAUAGGAGUUUGAGAGCUCAAUUAAGCAACGACGAUAUGGAAGAAAGCAUUAGCAGCAGCCCUAAUGAAGAUCAUGGGACUUUGAGCGAUAAUGUUAAAAGAGAGAGUCGGGCAUCGAGUGGAUCAGAAAUCACGUUGUCGGGUUCUGAUAGCAGCUCAGGACUUGAUGAUACCCCACGAGAGCCUGAACCAAAGAAGACAAAGCCAACUCAUGAACCAUUGGCUACAACAAUCUAUGAAGAACGGCGUGAGAGAGCAUCACAUUGGGAUUGGUUAGAUGGUUCACCUCCCGACAUGAGCACAGACGAUUCUUCUCCAAGUCCUGGGGAGCCCGAGCCUGAGCUCCUCCCAGGAGAUACAUCUGAAGAGGGUUCACCAGAUUCGGUGAUCAAAACGCUCAAAAUCGAACUCGAGGUUUUGACUCGGCAAGCUGAUGUAUCGGAGUUAGAAUUACAGACUCUUCGUAAGCAAAUUGUGAAAGAAAGAAAAAAGGGCCAGGAUCUUUCAAGGGAAGUAGCUACACUUAUUGAAGAAAGAAACACCUUCAAGAAUGAGUGUGAAAAGCUCAAGGCAUAUCAGAAAUGCACCGAAGAAGCCGAAGCCAAAGUCAACAAUAAGUUGUUGAUCAAGGGAGGAGAUCCAUGGGAUCUUGUUGAUGAACUGAGACAAGAACUUAACUACGAAAAGGAUUUGAAUUCCAAUCUACGGUUACAACUUCAGAAAACACAAGAGUCAAACACCGAGCUGAUUCUUGCAGUGCAGGAUCUCGAUGAAAUGCUGGAACGCAAGGAUUCCGAGAUGUCAAAGUCAAAAUGUUGUAAAGCUCGUGAAUUGCAAAAAGUCAAACCCGAGACAGAUGAUGAUGAUGAAGAUCAAAAGGCGUUGGAAGAGAUUGUAAGAGAACAUAGCGGUAUGCAAGAGGGAUAUUUACUAGAGCAGAAGAUAACGGAUCUUUAUGGCGAAAUAGAGUUAUACAAAAGAGAUAAAGAUGAGCUCGAAAUGCAAAUGGAGCAAAUCGCGCUUGAUUACGAGAUCCUGAAGCAGGGAAAUCAUGACAUGUGUUGUAAACUCGAGCAAAGUCAACUGCAAGAACAACUGAAGAUGCAAUACGAGUGUACAUCAUAUCCCGUAGUAAACGAACUCGAAGCACAAAUUGAGAGUUUGGAUAAUGAGCUCAAAAUGAAGUCCAUAGAACUUUCGGAAUCAGUUCUUGCCAUUGAAGAACUCGAAACCCAUGUCAAGAACUUGGAGAAAGAUUUAGAGGAUCAAGGUCGCGGGUUUGAAGCAGAUCUUGAAGAUCUUAUGAAUGCAAAAGUUGAGCAGGAGCAGAGAGCCAUUCACGCAGAGGAAAACUUGAGAAAGAUGAAGAUGCAAAACGCGAAUACAGCAGAAAGGCUUCAGGAAGAAUUUAGAAGACUUUCUGCACAAAUGACGUCUAGUUUUGAAGCAAACGAUAAGGUAGCCUUGAAAGCCAUGUUUGAAGCCAACCAACUACGUUUAGAGAAAAGACAUCUCGAAGAGAAGGUCAAACAAGAUUUAGACUUGAUCAACGUUCGUUGUGAAGAAAAACUGGUCGAUCUUUUGAGUCAAGUAACUCAGAAGUCAACAGAGUUGGAGAAGAUGGAGAAUCAGAUCGAAUAUAUGUCCGCUGAGAUUGAGACACUAAGAGCAGAUAAGCAGAAUCUUGAAAAUGAAAGAAAGGGUCUUACAAAUGAGGUUCAUUUGGCAAAGAUGGAACUGGAGAGUUCAAGGAAGGAGUUUUUCGAGCUAAUGGAUGCUAACAAGCAAAAAGAUGGCAACUAUGAACGAUUGCAGUCGGAGAUGGAAGCUCUUAAAUCUCGAUAUAAUGACAUGAAGUUGUCUUUGAUCGAAGAUGAAUCUGAAAAGGAGAAGCUGAGGAAGCAGAUAUCUGAACUAAAAUGCGAUCUCAAAAAUAGCAAAGAUGCAAUAAGUAGCAUGGAGCAGAAGAUUAAGGAAAGUAGCAAUCGAGUAAAAGCGUUGGAGGGAAGCAAAGCUGCUUCAAGAAACAAUCGUUGCAGCUCGAAAGAGGUUACCAAUCUGAAGAACAUGAUAGAACUACUCGAGGGCCAAAUGAAACAAAAGGAAAGUGCUUUGAAGAGCUCUGAAACUUUGUUUUUGGGGAAGGAGAAAGAUCUUAUGAAUCAAAUCAAAGAGUUGGAAAGAAGAUUGGAGGUUCUUGAUCAAAGUAUUGCCAUUUCACAGGCAUGUAGAGGUGAAGAAAUAGCAUCACUAAAGAGGUUAAACACAUCGAUGGAAGUAGAACUGAUGGAGAUGCAAGAAAGAUAUUCAGAAAUAAGUCUAAAAUUUGCAGAAGUAGAAGGUGAAAGGCAGCGACUUGUGAUGACCCUAAGAAGCCGCAUCAAGAAAUGCUAAGCCAUCAAUGCUUGUGAUCAUAU